ACAGGAGUCAAGUGUAAAUUAGUAUUUUAAGUUAUUUGGCUUGUGUAUUUAUGACUUUUGUGGUUUCCCAACUCAAGUAUUCGAGUCAACACGGAAUUCUUUUUUUAUGUACUUUUCUAUAUUAAGCGUUGUUUUUUAUUUAAUUUUGAAAAAAAAAACUACCAAUCAAAACCCCAGGGGUAGCUUUAAAAAAUCCUUAACACGUAGUUGCCGACUAAUUCAUUUAAAUUAGGAAUUUUGAACAAAAGAAGAUGCGUAAUUCAUAAAAAAUUAUUACGUACAUCAGUUUAAUGGCCAUUAAUUGAUAGUGAAUACAUAUUUAUAUAUACAGGUAAGCUUCGUCUAUAUUUAUAGGUCAUCACCUAGUGUUGAAAACAUACGCGGCCGCAGCGUAUACUUCAAAAUAUACUGCGUGUCAGCAAUCUAUGGUGUUUUGAUGUCAACGUAACUUAUUUUCAUUGGUUGUUAUCGUUGUUACCAUAGAUAAUAGAUACACAAAGGGUUGUUACUGUUGGCGACAGCAGACACAAAAUUCAACAAUAAUUUAUCUUGUUUAUGAUAAUCUAUGCACAAAUCAUAGGCACAAAUACCCAAACACAGCAUCGCAGCUGAUUGUAAGUUGCGCCUCUGUCACAAUUGCUUUGUAAUUAGUUAAAUAAAAUGUGUGAAAAUGGACUGAGAAAACUUUUAAAUUUGCACGAUAAUGAUGUUUUAACUAUUACUGCAUUUAAUAGUAUAUCAGAUUUCGAUAUAUGCGUAAGAACAGAUCUAAAUAGAGUAGCAAAGGAAGCAGACAGCAGUGAACAAUGUAAUACCUGGAUCAAACAAUUUAGUGCUGUUACCAAAACCAAAUGGAUAAUAAGAAAUUCUGGGCCACAUUUAAAAACGAUGGUUUAUAGGAAACUAUUUGUUUGUCAUCGUUCCAAUUUUAACAAAAUAUGUAACAAUGAUAGAGGUCGUAGUCAUAUUCAAGUCAAAAGCAAAGGAUGUACUGCAUCUAUUGAUAUAAAAAUUAAGAAAAUUAAUAGGUAUACUAUUAGAAAUGAUAUUAAUUUGCAAAACGGUCUGUCUGCUGUAAUAAACAUUAAAUUUAACCACAACCAUUUACUCCAUAUUGCUGAGGUGUAUAAUUAUUUAAAUAUGACGGAAGAUAAAAGGAAAUCUUUUACUGCAUGCUUUAAUGAUGAAUUAAUUCCAAAUACAGCCGAAAUGAAAUUGACGAGUUUAUAUGACAAACCAGAAAAUGUUGCUAUACACCCAGCUAAUUCACAAGAAAAUCUUCAUGCGUGGGAUGUUAUUUCUUUAUAUGACGAAUGUAGUAGAAAACAAGCACCAAUAAAAACACCUGCGCAGUAUCAAGCAGAGUAUCGGCAGCGGUUAAAAAAUAAAGCCAAUGAAGUAUCGAAGAAACAGGCUUUAGUAGUGAAACAGUAUCCCCGUAUAUUAAAAUGUUCUCAGCUUCAUGCUUUCUUAUCACAAAAGGAGGACAAUGUUUCACAAAUAUCAAAAAAACACAAAUCGGACUAUGUACAAGAUGAGGUACAAGAAAAUAUUAUCACGAUUGAUGAUGAAAUGUCAAUGAGCAGUACUCAGCAACCAAUAAUGAGAGAAGAUGUACAUCCGCUUUUACUUCCGACUAUGAAAAAUGAAGAAGAGAACAUGUAUUCUCAAGCAGAAAUGAAACAAAAACUUAGAACCGCGGAUAGUCCGUUGUGGAAAGCAUGUAUAGAUACAGAAGUGGAAAUAGAUGUCAAACAAGAACUAAAAAAUGAUAUAGAUAUUGGACUGGAAAUGGAUGUAGUGGAGGAAAAUGAGCCUGUUAAUGAUGAGCAGAUGAUAACACAUCAGGAAUUAUUUAUUGCAACGCAAUUACCACCUAUCAUUGAACAAUCUUCUUUCGAAGAAAAUACUGUCGAUCCUUUACAAACUACUGAACCAAUAGUAAGAGAGUCACCAUCUUUCAAAUCACUUAUCUCAGUACGCGAUAUCCGUACUUUAACUAACAGUGUUCCAACACUUGUGCAGUCAAUGCCUCCGACAGUACCGUUGAAAUUAAGAAAAGUCCCUCGCAGUGAAGCAUUGUUGGCUGUUUUAAAAACCCCGUCUUCUUUAGUUCGAGCACCCCCAAGCGAGAUAAAACAGUAUGCUGUCAAAAAACCUCCACUGAAAAUUAUUAAGCCAAGCAUUGAUAGCGUACUUGUAAACAGUUGCCUAUUGAAAGCUAAACCCCUAAAUCAAAAUUUUGAGGGUUCAGAGGUUAGUGAUUCUAAUGAAAUAGGAAAACAGAUCCCAGUGAAAAUUGAUAACCAAGUUAAUAGAGAAAACGAAAACACACUACCACUCAUAACUUUACCUAGUACGUCCGAUGUAGAAAAACAAAGGCAAGAUGUAACGUACAGCAAUACAGAAGUGAUUGAGCUCGAUGAAACUGAUAUGCAAUCCGAACAUCAGCCAAAUAUUAUGCAUAAAGUGGGACAAGGCAUUACAGUGAUUAAAAAUUCUGAUAAAAUGAGUAUCGUGGACAGUGUAAGAAAAUCUGAACCGAUCUAUUUGAAGUGUAAAUCAUCACCUCUUGAACUAAUAUGCGUUCUUUGCGCUCUUUCCACUUCACCCACAUACAAUAUUCAACCAAUGGCGCCAUUCAUUAAAGAAAUCGUUGAUGUUAAUAUUUCUGAUCUAACUUUACCUCUUCGUGCAUGUGCACAAUGCAUAAAGGAUAUGAACGUGGCUCUAAGGCUUAGAAAUAGGGUUAGAAAAGCUUACAAAAAACUCAUCCAAAACACUCGUUCAGAAGAUAUCGAUGAUCCCGUUCCGAUGCAAAUACCUCCUGAAAAAGUUUUACGAACAUAUGCUAAAUCUAGUAAUCUUCAAAAAACCGAUGAGACUAAAUCGGUAGAGAACAUUUCUGUUGUUGAAAAUUCCACACCCUGUUUUCAGAGAGUACUUGUACCUUACCAACAGAACGAGAAGGAAAAUCACUCAAAUUCAACGGACAAAUUAAUUUCAUAUGAGAAUAUGCAGUCAGAAGUUAUUGAUAUCGACUUGAUAAGUGAUGAUGAAAAUAAAGGAAAACAAAACGAAAGAAAUACAAUGAAAAUCCCAAAUCUUGUCAUCAAAUCAAUAGUAAAUAAAGGAUCCCAAAUUGAACAAGAAAGAGAAAAUAAAGUGGAAAUACGCGAAUCUCAACUAAAGAACAGUCACAUUAAGAAAAUAAAUGAAAAUCAGUAUGAACCGCCUCUACAACAGAUAAUUGAUAGUGAAAAAGAAGAUUCGGAUGAUGAUUUAAAUACUAGUAAAAAACCAAAAAUAUGCUUUUGUAGAGCUAAUAUACCUCGUGAUAUAUUUCAAUUACCAGAUACUCAACUAAGACGCGAAUUUGCUAAGGAGAAAUACAUUACCUCACGAUGUUUACGAUGUUUCCAAUGGUUUCCCUGUGCGAAGCGUUUAAGAAAGCACGUUCGAAGGCGGUGCUCAUUGUAUGCUGCAGGACCUGAAAGAAAUUUCGUAGAUGGAAUCGAAACACGAACAUGUGACUUAUGUCAGUGCGUUUUUCGAUCUCAUAUUGACGUCUUGAUUCACAAGGACAGCAUUCACAACAGCAACAAUUGUCCCGACUGUCUAAUGAGGUUUAAAGACAGCUUUCAAGCAACGAAACAUACGAAUAUCCACAAGACUGAUGAUGCCACCGUAUGUCUAUAUUGUGCAAGAUUAGUGCCGAAUCGUAGCUAUAAAGUACAUAGGAUCACGCACGGCUGGGAUUGGUGGACAUGGCGCAGACGACGAUGCAAUAAGUGCAACGGGGAGGUUGUUAAAGAAGAGAUCUAUAUUUGUACCGUAUGUGGCAUGAAGUUUAGAACUCCCACAGCCUUGCAGAAGCACUCAUGGGGUCACAAAAAAAAAGAUUUUAUCUGCAAAAUAUGCACGAAGGUCUUUCUGACCAGGUCGACACUCAAACGACACUUGCGCACUCAUUCAACAGAUGAUCAAAAGAUUAAUCGAAAUGUUCAACAUGAAGGAAUUCAAUCUAAUACCAAACCGCAUAAGUGCGGAAUAUGCAAAGCAUCUUUCUUACGUAUGGCAAGUAAGAAGAGACAUAUGAAUGAAAAGCAUACCGCAAAACAAAUUAAUGUGAUGCAAGAGCAAACGACCAGGCAGUUAGUGGAAACGGUAAAAACCUUUAAAAAGGUCAUCAAAUGCGAGAUUUGCAAUAUGACUUUUAUCAACAAUAAAGUAAAAAGUAGACAUAUGACAGUUAGGCACAGCAACAACAUUAUUAAGGAAGAACAAGUUGAUGUAGAAGAGAAUGUUAUAAAUGCAGGAUGAAGUAUGGAAGAUCUAAUUGAUGAUAGUGUGUGAGGAAAAUCUGGGGAAGAUAACAUCAGUUUAUGGAGAGUAAGUGGAAGACUUCCAUUCGGUGGGGAAAUUGAAAUUGAAAAGAUGACGACACUGAUUUGGGUAAAAGUAAAAUAACAUGACGUUUCCUCUGUUUACCAGUUAUUACAACGAC